AUGUCCCUGGGCGUCACAAAGUCUGUAGGAAAACUAAAAGAGCAUAGCCGCAAGGACGAAAUCAUGCGCUUUGACCUUCAGAAGUUCACACUGUCCACAACAUUGCAUCGCUUCUUCCAUAUGAGGCUUUUCGAAGGAUUCAGCGACCAAGGAUUGGUAACAAACGGCGUGCCGUGUUGGAUUGAAAGCCUAAAUCCUAAGUUAGCACAGAGCAUAUCAGUUCCUCUACUCCCACAAAUCUCGUUCGGUUGCAAGAAUUGCACAACCAAUGGAUUUCUUGAGGUUCUUGUUGGUACUUUUGACGUAGAACCGCUCAACGCUUUUACUCCGGGUGAUGUUCUUCAGAAUGCGACAGUUAUGUUAUCGCUCCCUGACGGCUUCGCCGCUCAUAUCGAACUUGGCUUGAAUGUAUCUUCAGACGUCUCCUUUAGCAUCCCAAUAAUCGAAGCGCCCGUAGCAGGCUACACAAUACCGGGUGUCGGCAAAGCAGGCUUGUUUUUUUCUCCGGCUAUCAGCGUCUCUUUCCAGGCAAAUGAAGACAUCCAAAUGGGGUUUGGAUUUGAGAUGAAUAUUCCUAAAAACUCGUUCAUUCUCCUGGAUCUCAGCACAAUAUCGAACUUCACCCAAGCCACUGGCUUCAAGGACACAACAGUCAAGGCACUACCAGCUAGUGUCAACGCCUCCGUGGGAGGAUCUUUAACAACGAGUUUCCAGCCAAAUCUCGUCGUUGCUCUUGACCUUGGUUCUAAGCAUUCAAUUUCAAACACAGAAUCAUUUGAGCUCGGUGCUCAAGUAGCUACGAUUAUAGAUGCCCCAGCAUUGACCUUCAAUUUGAGCCGUGAGCUGCGGACGAUCGGUCAGUUCUGUUCGGCAGAUAAAUCUGGCAUGACUACGACCGUAUCGAUGGACUUAAGCUUGGGAAUGGGCAUCGAAGCUGAGGUGUUCAUCUCGCAAUCAGUUAAAAACGCUGAUACCGCGAAUAGCGACAUGAUCAGCGAUCUUAAGGCUGAUUCGGCUGGAAGUGUACUCGGUCUCGUUCUGCCAUCAACGUCCAUACCAAUCGUCAGUAAAACGAUUACUUCCACCAGUACAUGCUUAGGAGAGGUAAAGGGUGACAAAACAGAGGGACCAUUAGUUAUCACCUCGGUCACACCAACACCAACAAGCAGUGCACCAACGAAGAGCACGCCAGUAGCAGGAUCCAACAGUCCGGGGGGAGCAAAGUCACAGAACAAUGCGCCCAGUCACAGUUUCGUUAAAAUUUUAGUCAUUUCAGUGAUAACAGCAUUGCUUCCUAAUGUUGUUUUGAACUGA